GAUUUCUGUGUUUUUUUACAAUUUCUUUUCACUUGACUUUUAUUGUGUACAUUUGUAUAUACUUUCAAUUCGGUAUGUUCAGUGAAUGCUGUUUGUAAAAUAUUGAUUUUCAAUGUUGCCAGAUGAAAAAAUAUCGCGACAUUAAAAAUUUAAAAAAUCAAAGGCUUUUUGUAUAUUAUCUAUUAUCAUUGAAGUAUGCAGUUGAUUUUGUAUUUUAUUUUUGUUAUUUAUCUUUUAUAUAUUUGUGAAGUGAGUUAUCUUUAAUAUAUUAUCUUUAUUAUCUUGUGAAGUGAAUGAAAUAAUUAAUAGCCUACAAAUAAUUCACAUUUAAAAUCUGUUUUUUUUGUUACUCCGACAUUUAAUUGCAAUUUUUGUACUUGUUUUAUAAAAAUACAUUUUAAUUAAUUUUUUAUGUUUAAACGUGUUGUGAAAUUGUCACUAAGAAAUAUGAGUGAACAAAUAGUAAGAGCAACAUUAGCCAGAAAAUUAAGUGGCAGAAGAGUUCCCAAAAAGAUCGAAUCAAAAGUUGAACAGGCGGAAAAUAAAUCGCAAUUUUUUAACGAUAUUAAAAAUAAAGAUAAACCGAAUAAAAAGAAAGUAAAGGAAGUCCCUGUUAAAUUAGAAAACAAAACUGUAAAAUCUGAGGUAGCUUCUAAAGAUGCUCUCCCAAUUGAAAAACGUAGCACACGACAACUAAAAGAGGAAACUAUAAUAGAAAACAAGCAAUCAUCUUUAGAAAUAGUAUUAAAUACAAAACCUCCUAAAUACGCCAAAUCCCCCAAUAAAAAUAAAGCUUCAAUUGUUAAUGAAGAAGGACCAAGUAACUGCAAAAAAAUUAAACAGGAGUUAUCAGAUGAAAUAUGGCAACCUGCUAAUUGGCAAAUAAUUUUGGACAAUAUACGCAAAAUGCGAACUAAAGACUCAGCUCCCGUCGACACCAUGGGAUGUCAUAAAUGUGCAGAUGAAAAUGCGGAUGAGAAAACUCAACGAUUCCACAAGUUAGUAGCUCUUAUGUUAUCCAGUCAAACUAAAGAUGAAACCACUUAUCACGCUAUGUUGCGCUUGCGAGAACAAAAUCUUACACCUGAAGUAAUUUGUCAAAUGAAAGUAAAUGUGUUGGAGAAUAUAUUACAUCCUGUAUCGUUUUAUAAGAAUAAAGCAAAAUAUUUGCAACAAACGGCUAAAAUACUAGUAGAUAAAUAUGAUUCUGAUAUACCAAAUAAUAUAAAAGAAUUGGUGGCCUUACCGGGUGUCGGUCCCAAAAUGGCUCACAUUUGCAUGUCAACGGCUUGGAAUAAAGUGACUGGCAUAGGAGUCGAUGUUCAUGUUCAUCGCAUUUCUAAUCGUAUUGGUUGGUUGCCAAAGUCUACUAAAGAACCCGAACAGACCCGUUUAGCUCUGGAAAAAUGGUUACCUCAGCAAUUGUGGAGCGAAGUUAAUUAUUUGUUAGUUGGUUUUGGUCAGACCAUAUGCACACCCGUCAAACCCAAGUGCAGUGAGUGUUUAAAUUGCGAAAUAUGUCCUUAUGCUACGAAAGUCGUUAAAAAUAAGAAAAUUACAACUAAUAAGGAAAUUUUGGAUCUUUGCGAUAAUAUCAAAUUUAAAAAAACAAAAUUAAAAGCGUAAAUUUUCCAAAAAUCUAAAUGCAUCAAACUGCUGAAUGAAUUUGUAUAUGUCGCUGCAGUAAUUCUAACAUUUAAAGAUGUCUAUAUUCAAAAUUAGCAGUAACAGAUGGAGUAGCAGCGAUAGUGGAACGUUUAGUAUUUUUAAUGCCCUCACCCUUAGAACCACUACCAAUACCACCAUCAUUACUAUUACUACUUACAACCACAAGCUUAUUAAUAUUUCCACCAUCACCAUUUGAUAAUUCUUGGUGUUGUUGCUGUUGUUGUAGUCGAUUAUCAGUGGCCUUGGAGGAUGGGGGAUGUGAUGUAUUAACUUGCAAAGUUUUUACCAAAUUCUCAAGUCUAAAAUUGAGAUUAAAACAACACAAAAAAAAAUACGAUAAUAAUUUGAAAUUUAGAAAACUCGAUUUUAUUAACUGGCGCAGUAAUCCCUAACAACUUGAAAUUGGAGUUUAUUAUUAUUUUUAAUUGUGUUGAUUUAUCUUUGUAUAAAUUUUGUUAUUUAAAAUUCCUUUAAAGUUAUAAUUAAUUAAUAUAAAUAUUUCCCAUUUUCUUU